UAAUAAUGGGAGAUACUGAUAAUUCAGUUAAUCAUUCGACUGCCGAUAGUGAACAACACCCUCAACAUUCAGAAAAUCAAGUUUCGGUACCUGAUGAUAUUCCUCUUCCAGUUCCUCCACUUGCUGAGAUAACUGAAGAAAACCAAGCCUGGAUGAAAGCUCAAGAAGCACUGCGUUCUAUUGGGUCGAAAAAUACCUAUAGUGCGCAGCAAGACACUUAUGCUUCUGCCUUUCCACGAAAUUAUGGCUGGCCACCACAGAUGGGAGGAUCGACAAUGUACUCUACAGGUGUCUACUCGUCUCCGUUCGCAGGUGCUACUGGUUACAAUCCUUACUACCAAUACCAACAGAACAGCCGAUUUCCCGUACAAUCGAAUGCAUCUUAUAGGCCUAUGACCUCUUCAACCUCUAGUAUUGAUCCAUCAAAUUUGGUACCAGUCCCGGUGAAUGCUCAGCCACUUCCGCCGCACAUCGCUUCAGGUUUGCAGCAAAGUCCUCGUCCAUUUAAACCUAUCAGAUUUAUGCUUAAUCCUGGUGGUAUUACUGUCUCCCCAUCAAGACCGCCUACACCUCAACAAUUUCAAACGCAAAAAUUUCUUGGAUCAACUGGUGUAAAUGCAUAUCCGAAUGAUUUGAAAAAUUAUAUUGAACGUGCUUACCAGGCUAUUGAAGGCAAAGAAGAUCGCGAAAAGCUAGAAGGGUAUUUAAAGUUACGCGUUGAGCCUUUGUUAAAAUCUGGCGCUGUUUAUGCCGUGAAUUGGGCUGCCGAACCCUUACCCCACGAAUUGGGCUUUAAAUUAAAAACUAGUUGGACCCCAAGUUGUACUCUAAAGAAUCAACAGCAAAAACCAAUGCAACCUACUGGAAGCAAAGCCCCAGAAGGAUCUUGGAGGAAAGAAACUCCGCAGAUUACCAGAAGUCCUGCUUUGAAUGGACAAACUGUACAAGUGACUAUGAAUACCAAUGCUGGUUUAUAUGCGCCGCCCGGUUCCGGAACUUCCUUCUUAUCAUCGUCAGUUGCUUCUUUUCAUUCUGUCCCUGUUCAUGAUCACUUACCUUCCCUCUCAAAACGUAGCAGAAGUCGUUCUCCUCUUCGAGACUUUGAUCAACGGAGUAUUCAAAGUGUCCAAACUGUCUCUUCCUCUUCAACUACUACAGUUGAAAUGAAGCCAUUGACUGUAAAGCAAGGACCUCGAGCCGCAGCUUUUGGUGCUCAAAUGGAUUACAAAUGGGAGAACUCUCAACAGCAAAAAUAUCAACAAUUGGAUGAUCCAAAAAAUACAAUGAGCAAAAAAGAAAGGAAAAAGUUGAAAAAACUUCAAAAGUUUCAAGAAAAACAUCAGCGUUUGGAAAUGGAGGCCUCAAAAAAUCAGCCAACAUCUACCUCCAACAACGCUUUUACUUUAUUUACUCCAAUUGAAGUUUCUCCACAAAAGUGGCAGAUUGAUAUGCCAAGUGAACGUAAAAUGGAACGAGCGAGACGUUUUGCUGCUAGCGACGAUCGGUUUGGGACAAGAGGCACAAAUAGACGACAACAAAAAAAUUAUUCACCAAUUCCUCAAAAUUUAUUUGUUACUUCAAAUGAAAUUUCGCAAAGUUUUGUUGGACUAAAUAUUGUUGGGACGUGUACUGAUAUUGAAAAAUCCUUCUUCCGUUUAACAACUGCACCUGAUCCUAGCCAAGUUAGACCUCCAAAUAUUCUUUUACAUUCAUUGGAAAAUGCAAAGAAAAAAUACAAAGAAACACGUGAUUAUCGAUAUGCGUCAGACCAAUUAAAAAGUAUUCGACAAGAUUUAAUGAUUCAAAAUAUUCGGGAUGCAUUUACAGUUAAAGUAUAUGAAACUAAUGCGCGUGUGGCUUUGGAAAAUAAAGAUAGAGAAGAAUUCAAUCAAUGCCAAAACCAACUAAAACAAUUAUACAAAUUGGUGCCAAAUUGCCCAAAUUGUUGGGAAUUUACUAGUUAUCGCCUUCUAUACUACAUUUAUAUGAAAGAAACUUUGGAUGUUGCCUAUUUGUUGGAUGAACUUGUCCCAGCAGCAAUUUCUGAUGAAUGUAUGGGAUUUUCACUUAUGAUUUGGGAUGCCUGGUCUAUGGGUAAUUAUAUAAAAUUGUUACGUUUAUAUGCAAAAGCUCCAAAAAUGUCAGGUUAUGUAAUGGAUAUGUUUAUUGAUAGAGAAAGAACUGAAUUUUUGAUCUCAAUAAUUAAAGCGUUUCGUCCUGAUAUCAAACUUUCAUUAUUAAUUAAUUGGUUACAACUGGAAAAUGAAAAGGCCCUUAUUGAAUUUUUGAAACAAAGAGGUAUUGAAGUCGAUGGAAGUGAAGAUGUACUUGAUUGCAGGAAAUAUGCCAAUAUAAAUAUUAAGUUCUAA